CCCAACUAUAGUAAAGGUAGAAAAUUGCGGCCAAAAAGCCGAGUACGGACAAACGCACCAUUGUCAGGUCACACUGUUCAUCUCAGCUAAUGCGAGUCAACUCGGUCCAGCGGUAUUUACUCGUGGAAGGAAUAGUUAAUUAGGGCUUUUAAUCGUCAAUCUCGGUUUUAGAUUUUUGUUUGGAAACUUGGGAGGAAAUCUUGGAGCUAUGAAUAACCUCAUCAAUAUUGUCUAGCAAGGAUGCCAGGAAUACCUCUUGUGGCUCGUGAAACUGCAGUACAAAUUUGACUUUGUAGUGGAAGGUUGGCAAUUGCAAGAUUGCUGCACAUUUUGGUCAAUUGCAUGACACUGAUUCUUAUGUUCUGAAUUCAGUUGUUCAGACAUGGAAUUGUGCUUGCAAUUGCAGUUACUCUAGAGGUGCAGAGCAUAUGUGUCGCCAAGAUCCCCAUGCACAUUUAUCUGCAGAAGAGCAAAUUGCAGCUGAGGAGAGCCUUUCAAUUUACUGCAAACCAGUUGAGUUGUACAAUAUUCUUCAGCGUCGUGCUGUUAGAAAUCCAUCCUUCCUUCAGAGAUGUCUGCGAUACAAAAUACAAGCAAAACACAAGAAAAGGAUUGAAAUGAAAAUAUCUCUACCAUCAACUGUAAAUGAUGAAACUCGAAUUCAAAGUCUAUUUCCUUUGUGUAUAUUGUUGGCAAGACCAGUUUAUAGCCCUGCAGUUGUAGAGGAUUCAGCAGUUUAUCGUUACAGUCGAGAAUGUAUAUUGAUGAAAUGCACUGGAGAUGAUAGAAUGAACCAAGAUCAAGCAAAUUUUAUUCUUCCUGAGAUUAACAAACUAUCAGCAGAAGUCAAAUCUGGUUCUCUUUCGAUUUUGUUUGUGAGCUGUGCCGAGUUGUUUAAGGAGCAUGUUGGUGGGUCAUUAUUUCCAGCUAAUGUUGGAGGCCACUGCUUCUUGGGUAAAAUUCCAAUGGAGUUGCUUCACUUAUCAUGGGAGAAGUCUUUGAACUUGAGUAGCGGUGAGAGGGCUGAGAUGCUGUCAACUGUCGAUUUGCAUUCAUGCUUCCUGAAGACAAGCUGUUUUGGAGAAGACAAAUGUUUUUCAUUUCAUAGUCCUCAUGCUGGAUCCACGGCUAUGUCUCAACAACUGCAAGUCCGCAUUGCAGCAGAAGAAAUUGGGGCGAGGGAGAGAUCUCCAUAUGACUCGUUCGCAUACAGUGACAUCCCUUCAUCUACUUUGCCUCAGAUUAUUAGGUUGAGGACUGGAAAUGUUGUUUUCAACUACAAAUACUAUAAUAACAAGUUGCAGAGGACUGAAGUGACGGAGGACUUUGCAUGCCCUUUUUGUUUGGUUAAAUGCGCAAGCUUUAAGGGUCUGAGAUAUCAUUUACCCUCCUCUCAUGACCUCUUCAACUUCGAAUUUUGGGUGACAGAAGAAUUUCAAGCUGUGAAUGUCUCUGUCAAGACUGAUACAUGGAGAUCUGAGAUUGUUGCAGCUGGUAUUGAUCCUAAGCAACAAACUUUUUUCUUUUGUUCAAAAGCAACACGGCGUAGAAAAUUGAAGAGCCUAGUUCAAAGUUCAAAGCAUGUGCAUCCCCUUAUUUUGGAUUCCGAACUUCCAGGAUCAGUCAAUGAGCUUAGAGAAAAGACUGAUGUAGGUGUAGCAGAGAGUGGGGAUCGUGAUGCAUCCAGUCCCAGAGUUUCAUCUGCCACAGCUCAUUCAUAUGCAGACCCUGAAUGUGUUCAGUCAUUACCUGCUAGCAACCUCACACCUCCAGCAUUACUACAGUUUGCGAAGACGAGAAAGUUAUCUGUUGAACGCUCUGACCCCAGAAAUCGUGCUCUCUUGCAGAAACGGCAGUUCUUUCACUCACAUAGAGCUCAACCGAUGGCCAUGGAGCAAGUUCUAUCAGAUCGGGACAGUGAGGAUGAAGUCGAUGAUGAUGUUGCAGAUCUUGAAGAUAGAAGGAUGCUUGAUGACUUUGUGGAUGUUACGAAGGAUGAGAAGCAGUUGAUGCAUCUGUGGAAUUCUUUUGUUAGGAAGCAAAGGGUAUUGGCAGAUGGUCAUAUUCCUUGGGCGUGCGAGGCUUUUUCCAAGCUGCAUGGACAGGAUCUUGUUCGAACACCAGCAUUACACUGGUGUUGGAGAUUAUUUAUGAUAAAACUCUGGAAUCAUGGUCUUCUUGAUGCUCGUACAAUGAACAACUGCAAUAUAAUUCUUGAGCAAUUCCAAGGCCAGGAUGCAGACCCCUGAGAAAUCAUGAUGCAAUAAUGAUCUUCCUCUUUGGCAUAUAAUCGACUGAGGUGCGUCUGGUGUAGCUUCAGCAGACGGCAGUUGAGGUCAUCAUUAUUUGGACUUAAAUGGUUUAUCUUUAGGCUUGAGAAUCAUGCACAAUAUCAACUCAACCCUUUUUAUCCUUUUGCUAAUUUUCAUAGCCAUGAAAUUUGCUCUGGUUAUUGGGUACGUUGUUGUACAUGAAAAAUCAUUUCUAAGUUAUUUUCACAGAAAGUUCGAAAACUUUAUUUGUCAUCUUGUACAUUGCCCAAGUUUACACUUAUAAUUAUUAUUCCAUUACGUUUA